AUGAGCAUGCACAUACUCAACAACAUACUCAUACUCAUACUCGCCACGACAGCGUCGGCGUGGACGACGAAAUACAAGGAAUACAUCCACAGUCCAUCGUCGCGCACAGUAACGCCGCAGAGCGUAUAUGGGAUAGAAGGCAAUGUCACCAACCCACUCGGAAUUCUCGGGGGUGAGGGCGCCGCAACACUUUCAGGGGUGAAUAGUACGAUAGUAGUAGAUUUCGGCUAUAUCACAGCCGGGCUGCUAUCGUUCAACUAUACAGCCGAUUCGGCGAAUCAGACGGUCGGCGUAGCAUUUUCCGAGUCAAGCUACUACGCGACGCAGUCGAGCGACAUGUCGAUAGGGCUGAAUGGGGAGGUAGAUGGGUCGUUGCGAGUGGAGCUCAAUGGGACCAACGGCACGCAAGAGCAGUGGACAGCGGACGAUCUGCAUCUUCGAGGAGCGUACCGGUAUGCGACGCUAUUCAUGGCCACGCCAGGUACAGUAGAGGUGAGCGGCCUAUCGAACCAAUUCACAGCUGCGCCGCAAGUCGAUGAGGACAAGCUGCGCGAGUACUCCGGGUAUUUCUACAGCGACGACGCGCUCCUCAACCGCAUAUGGUAUGCCGCCGCAUACACGAACCAGCUGUCGACAAUCGGCGCGGGGACAUCGCGCAACACCACCACCACGCCAACAUCCAACUGGAACAACAGCGAGCUGAUAACUCCACUUUCCCCCUCCGAUAGCGUGCUCGUCGACGGCGCUAAACGCGACCGCACUGAGUGGCCAGGCGACUUUGCUACGGCCAUACCACCCACGUUCCUCGCGAACAACAGGGAUGGAUUGGGGAUGGAAGCGCUGCGCAACUCACUCCGCGCGCUUUAUUCGCAGGUCAGCGCCGAGGGCAUGCUCCCGUACGCAGGGCCACCGCUGCUGAAGGGGCCGCAGUCGUACACGUACCACCUGUGGACGCUGAGUGCGACAUACGCGUACUGGAAGCACAGCGGGGACGAUGAUUUCGUGAAGGGAUUAUGGGACGUGUUUGGUCGCGGCGUGGACCUCGCGCUGGAGGAUGUGGAGCGGGGCGCAAACAAAACGGGGUUGCUGGAUGUACCCGAAAGCGCUUCGUCGUCGUGGGGACGCAGUCCGACCGCGGGACACGACCUCACUGCGAAUGCCAAUCUGUACCAUGCGCUGGAGACGGACGAGGCAAUGCAGUGGGAAGAGCACAUGGAGCCGCUCAGCAACGCUAUCAACACCCAUCUGUGGGACGAGGAGACGGGGCUGUAUAUGGACAACGACACGGAGGCUGGUCACUCGCUCUAUCCUCAGGACGGCAAUGCUGUAGCUGUGCUGUAUGGCGUCGCUGAUGCAGACAGAGCACAGACAGUGAGCUCGGCAUUGAAACAGCGCUGGAAUGACCACGGUGCCGUCUCCCCAGAAGGCCUAAGCGCCAUCUCGCCCUUCGUGUCGGGAUUGGAGGUGUCCGCACACGUGCAGGCUGGAAACAUAACCAACGCACUCGAAUUGAUUAGGCUGGAAUGGGGAUAUAUGCUCAGCGCCUUCUCCAACUCGACGCUGAUUGAAGGUUUCUACCACGACGGGACACUGCAUUACCCGUUCUACGGCUCGCUCGACAGCUACAUCUCACACGCGCACGCAUGGUCGACUACACCACUAGCCACGCUCACGCAGGAGGUGGCUGGGCUGAGAAUAGGCGAUAAUCUCACGCGGUGGGAGUACGCGCCGCAGAACACUGACCUCGAGUUUGUAGAGACAGGCUUCGCGGUGCAAGGGGGAGAGAUCAGGGCUAGAAUGAGAGGCGGUGGUGGAGUGGUAGCGUAUGAGCUGCAGGCGCCUCAAGGGACCAGCGGGUCGAUUAGGGUGCCUGUUGCGGACAAUGGCACUGUCUCAGUCGACGGAAAGAGAGCGAAUGGUGAACGCGGCAACGGGAAAAUGCUGCUGGAGGAUAUUCAAGGGGACGGACAGGUGAUGGAGAUUGUGGUGGCUGACAUGGGCAAUUUUGCAGCCAAUUGGUCUAAGCAGACGGAUCCAACGCGGGAGGAGAGUGAUGCGUUUGCGUGA